GAGUAAGAAGACAUAGAUAAAAAGAAGACAUUUAAAAAAAAAGCUAGUGGUAUUUUGUGGAAAUUAUUUAGGUUUCCUGCUAGCUAGACGUUUGAGUAAAACGUUCACCAAACAGUCUAACGUGCAUUUAAUAGUCUAUCAAAAUGAGUUGCUUGUGGAUGGGCAAUUUGGAGCCCUACAUGGAUGAAAAGUUCAUUUCUCGAGCAUUUGCCACCAUGGGAGAACUAGUGGUUGGAGUGAGAAUUAUCCGAAACAAGAUGAACUGGGGUGCAGCGGGUUAUUGUUUUGUAGAGCUGGCAGACGAAGCAACGGCAGAGCGGUGCCUGAGGAAAGUCAACGGAAAACCUAUACCUGGAGCGACUCCGGUACGAUUCCCCACACCUGCCAAACCACUCAGCACAGUAUCAGUUAGCGAACCUAAAAGGUUCAAGCUUAACCGUGCCACUUAUGGGAAACAGGGAGAGACCAGGGGUGGCUUUAUGGACAACAAGUACGACCAACAGUACUCUUACAACAACAACCAAUACUAUCAAGAUUACUCGAACUACUACUCAAACUGGGGUUAUGACCAGAACACGGGCGACUACAGCGGCUACAACUAUAACCAGUACGACUAUAGCAACCAGACGUACGAGGAGAUGGAAGAAUACGGACUGGAGGACCCCAUGGCAGAGCUAGACGUGAUCGAGGCUAACAGACAGUUCAUAGAGGAGAGCGAAGAACUAUACGAAGCCAUCAUAGACUGCCACUGGCCCACCCUGGGGUCCCCUGCACCCGCCAAGCCACAGUAGAGCCCCACCCUCUCCGACCGUGUCGGACCACCUGCCUCCCUCUCUGUGUGGAUUGUUAGGAUGAGCCCAGUGUGAAGGUCCAGGGGGGUGAAGGCCUCGGUCAUGCUGAGGACCGCUGGUCUGGACUGCUCCCUCUUAGUGGGCCUGUUGGACAGGCCACUGGGGCAGCACAGGAACUCUAAAAGGAAUGACUGAAAGGAAGCCUCCCUCCCACGUGUUUCUGUAGCCUUUUUUAAGCUGCCAUAAGGUAACAUUAUUUAUAAAAUAAAUUCAAAAAUGAGAACCGGUGCUCCCAAUUCUUAUUUGAACUUGGGUUAACCUGUGCUUUCCUCCAGCUUGAGUUUGAUUGACAGUGGUUUCACAAAAUUAGCCAAGGAGAAAGGCCCGCCUCACUGAAGGCAAUUGGCUGGUACAGCAUUGCUGGAACAUAAUUGGCUGGAAAGUAACGGGUAGGUCCAAAAAAUUAAAAUUGACAUUCCACUGGCACCGAGCUGUCUGCAUGUCUAGUGGUUCUCAAAGUGGGGUCCCCAGACCCAUAGCCAGGGGGUCUGAGAAAUAAUUUGCCAUAAAUUAUAACAUUGUAAAAAUAAUUCUAAAAUGUAUAUGUAUCAUUAAAAAGUGAAACAAUGUAUAAUAAUCUACAGAUGGGGACCAUUUGCACCAGUAAAACAAGCAUAUUGUGUCCAUUUAAGAGCACAAAGGAUAUGCUGAAUGGGUGUUUAUGGGGGGGGUCCUUGGAAAAUGUUCAGCCCUGUAAGGGGUCCCUGACCCCAAAAAGUUUGAGAACCCCUGGUCUAAAGUACUCUUUAGCUUACACUUGUUUAUAGGGGACACAACCUUUUUUGGGGGGGAUUUUUUUUUAAUCUAUUGUACCUUGACCUUUUCAAGAAAGAGAGAAAGCGCUUCUGUUCUCUUUCUCCAUCAGUGCUGCUCCCUGUGAACUAUGUUACCCUGAACACUGUUUUAAUUCACCUCACCCAUGAGCCAGGCUGGUUUGGUGCUCGACGUUUGCGUCCUGGUUUUGUUCUCAAAACGAGUGGGAUUUGUCAUUAUUGCGGGAUAUUUCUCCUUAUCACCUCGGCUACUGGCAGCGCCAUGUUGUGUUCCGUGUUCGGAGACCAACGACCUGCCUGGCACAGAACACUCACGUAGCCUGCACCUGAUCUCAUGUUCUUCGUGCUUUUGAACAAAAAAACGUUAGAUUGAUGCUCUGUAAAUUAAAACAUAUUUUUUUGGA